UCUUGAGGAUAAGUGGAGCAAGGAUGCGACUGUUUCGCUCCGCACAGAGGGUUUUAAAGUGUUUCCACAGUUACAUAAUGUGGCACUAUUCUGCAGUACUCACGAAACCCUUCUGACAGGAACUACCCUACAGUAGCGCACGCAAUAAACAGCUACUUUUGCGAGGUCACACGCUCCCAUACACGGCCCCUGUGAAGAAAGCACCCUUUCCCACAGGGAGGGCGGUUCCUAAACCCAUACGGAGAAGGAGACGCACUGGGACAAGGAACAGUACCAAGACAUAGUAAGUUGAUUGUUGUUGCGACUGAGAUCUGGCACGUGAGAUGACCAAUCAUCCAUCACGCUCCAACGGUAUGCGGAGGAUCUGGAAGGAGCACCUGUACAAGGUGCUUGUUAUAGGAGACCUGGGGGUCGGGAAGACCUCCAUCAUCAGACGCUACGUCCACCAGACUUACUCUAGCAACUACCGGGACACCAUCGGAGUGGACUUCGCCCUGAAGGUGUUGAACUGGGACUCUGAGACUGUUAGGCUCCAGUUGUGGGACAUUGCAGGCCAGGAACGUUUUGGAAACAUGACAAGAGUGUACUACCGUGAAGCCAUGGGAGCCAUCAUAGUUUUUGAUGUGACACGGCCAGCGACCUUUGAGGCCGUCAUCAAGUGGAAAGAGGACCUGGACUCCAAACUGAUACUGGCCAAUGGACAGAACAUUGCCACUGUGCUCUUGGCUAAUAAGUGUGACCAGGGCAGGGAGAUGACGAACAGUGGCAUCAAAAUGGAACAGUUCUGCAAAGACCAUGGCUUUGUUGGGUGGUUUGAGACCUCCGCUAAAGAUAAUUUCAACAUCAGUGAAGCUGCAAACUUCCUGGUCAAGCACAUCAUGUCCACAGAAAAUGACACACUGACAACUGUGGUACCAGACACCAUCUCACCCCAGCUCAACUCUGACAGACAGAUGAGCUGCUCGGGCUGCUUCAAAUACUGAAAGGAUAGAGCAGUGGCCGGCCAGAACAGAAUGAAGACAGUAAGAUAAAGAGAGACAGUCAUGCUGCACAGCCUUCCACAGAAGUACUUAAGGUGCAGUUUCACUGAUUUGGUGCAAACCACAUGCAAAUGUAUUAGUUUGCUGCAUGUUUGUGCAGCAAAACAGAGCUUGUGAACUCAAGUCACAUGGGCUCAAUAGUUGGUAACUCGUGAUUGUAAAGUUUUUGGCAAACAAACAAGAUUUAAGCCUAAUGUCCUUGUCUAUGCUCCUUUGCAUAGAUUUGAUUAUUUAAGGAAUCUGGCUAUCAACCUUGUUUUUCUGGCUGUUCCUUUUAGCUGGUUAAGAUUUCAUUCUGAUGUCUAAUAACACUUCAACCACCUACCAAAGGAGUAAAUACUCCCAACAUGGUGGAUGCAACACACUCAAGGAGUGCAGUAAUGACAGGAUGAAUGCAGUUGUCUUGCUGAACUUAUAUCUGUUAUUCACUGUUUCCAGCAAGUGUUGGUGUUCUCUCUCUAUUAAUAUAACUUCUACAUAAACUCAGAGAAAACCGCAGUGUGGGAGACGCAGCCUCCGUUUAAUGGUACUCGGCAAGAGACAAAGAACGCAAAUUGAGUAAUUAUGUGAAUUUGCACAUACAUUGUUUUUUUUUUAAAUGAUUUAAGUUAUUACCAGGUGCUUUUAUGAGCGUAAUGUUGGUUAUCAUAGUAUGUUAUGUUGCUUAAAAUCCUUCCUACAACAGAAUUUUUUACUUUCCUACUAUGUAAGUGUGUUAUUUUCAUCAGAAGAAAAACUGUGUCGAUUUUGGGCACUCUCCUGAGUUCACUUGUCAAAGCCUAACCCUCUGUAUCCAUGGUAACUAGAUCCAGUCUUUUUAAUGGAUUUCUUCUAACAAGUGUUUGCAUCUACGUCUUGCUGUUUUCACAACCUUAUAGACACAAAUGCAUACCCACACAUACACAUCCACUCUCCAUGUUCUUGUUCUUAUUUUACCUCAUAAUUUCUUCUCUCCUCACCCACUACAUUUUCCACUAUUGGUUCCUCAGAAAAACACUGUAACGCGCGGCGUGCCGGCUCGACCAAAUGAAACGCAGUGUCUAUGUCAGCAUCAGUGAAUCUGUGAUCGACCUCUUGUUCUGUUGAAGAAAGCCAUGAACGCAUGUUCAUCCAAAUUACUUAGACCUGUUUUCACCUAGACGCACCUCCUCAGCCUGGGUUAACCAUUGUGAAAUGCAUUAGGCCAGGAAGCACUUAGAAGACUAUGUCAAGCCUCACUUUGUCGUGUUACCUUGGAUUUCAUAAUUCUGCUUUUGAGCAGCACUUCCUGGUGACAACAGUGUGUGUUAUUGUGUGUCUUGUCAGGGAUUCAAAGAAUCCACAUUAGGGUAUAACAGAUUUAAAUCUCUUUUCUACAAGUUUGGCUCAUCAUGAGUGUGUCUGUGUGUAUCAGGCGGAUUUAUCAGCGGAUUAUCAGCGGAUUUAUGAGUUGAUUAAAAAAAGAGCCGCAUGCUCACACGUUGACGCACAUGUCUAUCAGAGUAUGGCAAUAUUUUGUGACAGAUAAUUUAAUUUUGUCCAUUAAUUGAUUAAUAAACUGUACAUCUUCACCAGAUUACACCACUUGUGGAUUUUUUUCUUGUUCAUUAUUUAUUGUAAGUAGUAAAA